AUGUGCAAGGGAAGCCAUACUCCCAGAAGGAGUGUAGCAUCACCAAGCACAGCGCCUGGAUGCAUACAGUUUCAACUCCUCCACCUCGCACACACACAGACGCUUGCGCAAAACUUGUUUGCCUGGAGCAUAAUACCAUAUGCCGGCUUCCUCUACUUCAUGACCAAGAACCCUGACGUGCCGCCCCGCAUGCUCUUCGGGUGGUAUUUCCUCCUCGUCUUCGUCGUGGCUUCCAUUCCCGCCGGCAUCGCAGGUUUCAAUGCGUACUGUAGGCGUUCGGGUGACGUAUGCCGACGCAUGCCAGCAAACGACGUGGUGGUCAAGAGCUGA